UUCUUCAUUUCAGACUCUCUCACUCUCUCUCUCUCUCUCCCUAAUUUCAAAUCUUUUAGGUUUCUGUUUUCAAUUUUCAAAAAUACCCAGCCAUAAUGCGCGAGAUCCUUCACAUCCAAGGUGGCCAAUGCGGCAACCAAAUCGGAGCUAAGUUUUGGGAAGUGGUCUGCGCCGAACACGGCAUAGACUCCACUGGUCGCUACCAAGGCGACUCAGAUCUGCAGCUUGAAAGAAUCAAUGUCUAUUACAAUGAGGCCAGCUGUGGCCGAUUUGUUCCUCGGGCUGUGCUCAUGGAUUUGGAGCCUGGUACUAUGGACAGUAUCAGAUCUGGUACUUAUGGUCAGAUUUUUAGACCUGAUAACUUCGUCUUUGGCCAAUCUGGUGCUGGUAACAACUGGGCUAAAGGCCAUUACACUGAAGGCGCAGAGCUCAUUGAUUCUGUGCUUGAUGUUGUUCGAAAAGAAGCUGAGAAUUGCGACUGUUUGCAAGGUUUUCAAGUGUGCCAUUCUCUCGGAGGUGGUACUGGAUCUGGAAUGGGAACGCUAUUGAUCUCUAAAAUUAGGGAAGAAUACCCAGAUAGGAUGAUGUUGACUUUCUCUGUAUUUCCUUCUCCUAAGGUCUCUGAUACAGUUGUGGAGCCUUAUAAUGCCACUCUUUCUGUCCAUCAGCUAGUGGAAAAUGCAGAUGAGUGUAUGGUUCUUGACAACGAAGCCUUGUACGAUAUUUGCUUCAGAACGCUCAAACUCACCACCCCAAGCUUUGGUGAUUUGAAUCACUUAAUCUCUGCAACGAUGUCUGGAGUUACUUGCUGCUUGAGAUUCCCUGGCCAGUUGAACUCUGAUCUGAGGAAACUUGCAGUGAAUCUCAUUCCAUUUCCUCGUCUUCACUUUUUCAUGGUGGGUUUUGCUCCUCUUACGUCCCGUGGGUCCCAGCAAUAUCGAGCUCUAACUGUUCCUGAGCUCACACAACAAAUGUGGGAUGCUAAGAAUAUGAUGUGUGCAGCUGAUCCAAGACACGGGCGUUAUCUCACAGCCUCUGCUAUGUUUAGAGGGAAAAUGAGCACAAAAGAGGUUGAUGAGCAAAUGCUAAAUGUGCAGAACAAGAACUCUUCUUACUUUGUGGAGUGGAUUCCAAACAAUGUGAAAUCAACUGUUUGUGAUAUUCCACCAACUGGUCUAAAAAUGGCCUCAACAUUUAUUGGCAAUUCCACAUCUAUACAAGAGAUGUUCAGGCGUGUGAGCGAGCAAUUCACUGCUAUGUUCAGAAGAAAAGCUUUCUUGCAUUGGUAUACAGGGGAAGGGAUGGAUGAAAUGGAGUUCACUGAAGCUGAGAGUAAUAUGAAUGAUUUGGUUUCUGAGUAUCAGCAAUACCAAGAUGCAACUGCUGAUGAAGAAGGCUAUGAAGACGAGGAAGGAGAAUAUCAGGAGGAAGAAUAUGAGUAGAAUAUUCAUUUGAACCUCAACUUCUAGUUGCUGGUUUAUGUUUUUGUUGGUUAUUAUAUGGAUUGUAGCUAAAAAAGAACUAAAAUAGCACUAUUAAUUUAUGUAACUUUGAUAAUCUAUUUAUUUAUCAGUAAAUUUCCUCUUUCAGCCUGCA